CUAACCAUCGAACAUAAAUGUCAUCUGAAAUAGGAACGUAUAUCAGCCAAAAUAUCCUAUAAAGUUGGUGGUGAAAUCGAAGAAUUUUUGCCUGAAUGACUUUAUUUAAAGAAAGCAAUGAAAGUUCGAUGUGAAGGUGAGUUAAAUAAAAGUAUAUUGUAGAUUUUUAAGUGUAUUUCAAUGGUUUGAUGGAUUAGUAUUACUCAAUAGUGUCAAACCGCCUGUGGUGUAUUCUUCUUUAGCAAAAUGACACCUUUUGUCAAGCCUGACGUAACAUAACAAAAUGAUAAUUCAGUAGAUUUACAAGAAUAUCCAAAAUUCUCAGUAAUUCCCUCCUCUCCGAUGUUAGUCAAGGUCGUUACGCUAACAGGAGAGGAACGCAUGAUCGAUGUGGAACCUUCGGAUAAAAUUUACUCCAUUAAAGAGAAACUAGAAGAAAAAGAAGGUAUACCGCCCGUUCAACAAAGGCUGGUUUUUCAGGGAAAACAACUCAAAGAUGACCGGACUAUUAACAGUUACAAACUAAAAGGCGGGACUAUUUUGCAUCUGGUCGUAGCGCUGAGAGGUGGCAUGGAAAAUGAAUGAACCGGUUGUUUUCGGGCGAUUUAUUUAUUCGAUCAAUCAAUAAAUGUAUAAUUAAUGCUAGUGUCUUUUUAAUUACUCGAUUUUAUUCACCAGAGCUACGUUGCUUAGUAAAAAAAUUAGUAAGCAAAGGUAUUU